CAUCAGAAAUGUCAAGUUAAAGUUUACUAAUUUGAAAGUUAAGUCCAAAAGUGUUGAUCCAAAAGACGAUGCCAACCGAUGUCACUGGUAAUUUAUCAUGCAUGAUUCUUCUGAAUUAUCUGAUGUACAUUGAUAUUUUUUUUUAAUUUCCAGAUAAAAAAUAGCAUUUAUCAGAAACUUACCGUCUACUGCUGAUGAAAACUACUUGAAGUUACUCUUUGGGCCCUUUGGGAAGGUAGAAAAAGUGGUGGUACACAACAAGGGCGCGUCUAGUGUCGGAUUUAUUCAUUUUGCUCAACGAUCACACCUUGAUAAUGCCAUAGGGGGGCUAAAUGAAAAAACCGUCAAAGGGCGGUCCAUCAUUUAAGCUACAGGUACUGUAAGCAACUGUAGGUAUUUAAUAAGUUAUUUACAUAAGAAUAACAAACAAAUAUGAGAUAUGAUAAUAGGUUGAAGUUGCAAGGCCCAUGGACAAGAAACGGAAAAGGGUUCGCAAAUCACUCAGUCGCGUGAAAUUUUAAAUAACUACAAACCUCAAAAUUAUGAGUCAGUCAUGAGUUCUUUCAAUGGCUACCGUGACGACACAGUUCAAAAGGAUCCUAUAGUUGCUGAUCCCCAUGAAGCUGCUGUUCUUCUGCUACCAGUGGCUGUUAGAGAUCGGUUACUUCGAGUUUUACGACUCGGUAUUGCUACUCGAUAUGAUAUCGAAGUUGAAUCCCUAGCUAAUCUAGCGGAACUACCUGAAUCUACAGCCAUAUUAGUUCUUGAUCAGUUUAUGUUAUUGGGAGCAGAAGAAGAGCAUGACAAGGGAGCAUAUCUCACUUCACUAAUUUCAAAGGUCGGAUGGUUAUGCAUCUCGUUAUUCUUCAUUAAUUUCAGAAUAUGGUGCGCCAAGUCAUGCAAGUGUUUUAAAAAGAGAUGAAAUAAGUCCAUUACGCUUUCAUGAAUUACCCGCUUCUUCCGCCACUGCUUCUUACAGUCAGUCGAUAUUUGACAAAUUCAAAUCUCCCAACAGCUUACGGAAACAUGGAGGAAAUGAGCCCCAACCCGUCGUCACACCAAAUCCCGGGCUCAUCUUCAAUAUCUUAUGCAAUUCAUGCACAAGAUCCGUACGCAAUUCCAGCUUAUGUAAAAGGCGGUGAUGGUCGUCUGCAAAUGAGAUUUGACCCGUACACUGGUGAGCCUUACAAAUUUGACCCGUUUACUGGUGAACGCAUUGUUCCAGAAAACUCGUAUGACCGACUAUGUUUGUGAUGUUAUAUGAGAUGAUGUCUGUUUUCGGUAAUGCAGUUUAUGUUAGUCUCUGAAUUGAGAAAUGUACAUUACUACUGGAGUUGUUUUUAGUUUUCGCUUUUCAGCGUAAUUUAAUUAAUGUUUUUUGUGAGGAA